AUGGUUGAUGCUUUCUGUGCGACCUGGAAACUCAUAGACAGCCAGAACUUUGAUGACUACAUGAAAGCACUGGGUGUUAGCUUUGCAACAAGGCAAGUAGGAAAUGUCACCAAACCCACGGUCGUCAUCACCCAAGAAGGGGACAAGGUCACCAUUAAAACGUUGAGCACUUUCAAGAACACUGAGAUCUCCUUCACACUGGGAGAGGAGUUUGAUGAAACCACUGCAGAUGACAGGAAUGUAAAGUCCACAGUAACCUUGGAUGGAGACAAACUUGUCCAUGUGCAGAAGUGGGAUGGGAAAGAAACCAUGUUUGUCCGAGAAAUCAAGGACGGAAAAAUGAUCAUGACUUUGACCUUCGAGGGUGCCCAGGCCAUUCGCACAUAUGAAAAGGCAUAA